AUGAUCCAGGGCCUGAAAGAACAGCUUCAUUACCCGUCCACCCACCCAAUUAGGAGCCAGAUGGCGCUUCUGGCCAAUCAAAUCAUGGAUGCAAGGAUUCUCAGCAGCAUGAACGGGAGAGCAGAGCUUUCCCAGUUCUUGAGAGUGACCAAUCAAAGCAUCGUCUCCCAGGUACAUUCCACCCAGGAUGACAGUCGCAAAAACAGGAAGUAUCCCUGCCCGUUGUGUGGGAAGCGCUUCCGCUUCAACAGCAUUCUGUCCCUUCACAUGCGCACACACACCGGCGAGAAGCCCUUCAAGUGCCCGUAUUGCGACCACAGGGCUGCCCAGAAGGGCAACCUGAAGAUACACCUCCGUACUCACAAGCAAGGCAUUCCGGGUAAAGGCCGUGGGCGAAUUAGGGAGGAAAAUCGAUUGCUUCAUGAGCUCGAGGAAAGGGCGAUAAUAAGGGACAGGCAGACGCGAGCUGGUCAUGUCGGCCAACAGCAAACAUCCAAUAUAAACCAACUUCAAAAGCCCCAACUGUUACAGACUCUCCCAACACAACCCCCAUUCUUAACCAUCUCUGGUGCUGCAGAGGGCCAGCCGCACACAUCCACUUCUCCUAAGGUGACUCCCAUCCAUGAUGAUCCCAUCCAACCCCAACCCAUCGGCUUCCGCUGCUCCUUCUGUAAGGGGAAGUUCAGGAAGCAGCAGGAGCUUGAGCGCCACAUCAGGAUUCUACAUAAACCCUAUAAAUGCACCUUGUGCGAGUUUGCGGCCUCACAGGAGGAGGAGCUCAUCGGCCACGUUGAGACAACGCAUAUAACCGCGGAUUCGGCAUCAGGGCAGAAGCCCGCCAUGGGGACCGGUGACAAGAAGAGGCCCGCUGGCGAAUUCCCCUGCGAGGUGUGUGGCCAGACAUUUAGCCAGGCCUGGUUCCUGAAGGGUCACAUGAGGAAACACAAGGACUCCUUUGAGCACUGCUGUCAGAUCUGCGGCCGUCGUUUCAAAGAACCCUGGUUUCUCAAGAACCACAUGAAGGUCCACCUAAAUAAGCUGGCUGCCAAGCGUAACCUCCCUGCUGAACACGAGACCUCCGAUAACAUGGAGGACCUGACACAAGACCACCAGAGCAACCUGUACUCACAGUACAUCACCCGCAUUCACAACAGGUUCCUCACGGCUGAGAGAGCCGACCAUCAAGAGUAUAACCAGCUGCUUGCCACAGCUGGCGUUGACAUGAAGGUGAGGGAGAUGUUAGGGAGGAUGAUUUCCUCAGGUCCAGGCCCUUUGACAGAUGCAGAGAGCUCCUCCUUACUGGGUUUAAAUCAUCUCCACCCUCCACUGAGCUCCACUAGCAUGGACUAUCUGCAGAAGGUCAUGUCUAACAGAGAUGCACUCAACAGCAGCGGCAGCUACCCGGGGUGGCAGAUCAUGACACCAGGGCUGCCUGUUGAACAGCAACUGUUCGGUCUUAAAGACCAGCAGCAGAGCUCCUCCUACCUGCCUGAGAGAUGUGUCCCCGCAGACGAUGGCAAAGUGUGUCUCGGCGACCCAGACACUAAGGCCAUCAGCAGAGCCGGUAGUCCAGGCAGCGUGAGUCGUCAUGGGCAGAAAGAGAUCCUCACAGAGACGGGGAGCUCCCACUCUGGCAGUGGCCUUGAUCAUCGACCGCAAUCCUCUUCUCCGGCUACAGGUGAGAAAGUCUACAGGUGUCCACUCUCCAGCGACUACGCCGCUGCACAGACAGCCUCCCUUGGCUUCCAUCUGGAUCGCUACCACUUCCCCCACUGGCAAAACAGCAGGGAUCUUUCUUCUCCACUGCAGCCCACCAGCAGCAGCAGCAGCAGCUCCAGUCCCAACCCCAACCCCAAACUCAGACCUAGAUCCAGGGAAGACUGGAGCCCAGCCCACUAUUUUGGUGAAAACACCCUGUUCAUCAACAAGCAGCCUGACCUCACUGACAAAGAAGCAAGUGUAGAGGGCUCUUCAUCUGCUCAAACCAGGAAGUCCCAGUAUGAGCCUUUAGAUUUGUCUGUCAGGCCAGAGUCUGUCAUGUCUCAUUCAGGCAUGUCUCCGGCUGUACUGGUACAGAUGUCUGGCGUUUUCAGUAACGGACUCUCCUCCUCCAUCACCCGCCGACUACAAAGUUACUCUAACGCUGCAGCUGAACUCGGCGUGAAACCUGCAUAUCAGUGCGACCUUUUGGUGCAGGGAACAAGAGAAGAGAUGAACGCACAGAAUGCCAGCUCCGCAGGUCACGACGGUGAAGGUGAAUUUGAGAAAUCAGAGCUCGGGAGGGGGGACGAAAAUGAUGCCAAGUGGAUGAUGCUGAAAAAUACGAUCCUCGAGCCCGAGAAGCUGGGGCAGGCUGAUUUCCAGAGUCCUGGCGAGAAGAAGCAUGACAAGCUCGGACUUUGGGGCAGAGCUGUGUCGGAUUCUCCCAUCUCCUCUCUGGAGAACUUGACUCCAGGACAGGCGGAUCAAGUCCAGCACCAGGGCGGCCUGCUCUCCUUCUUCCGAUCCCAGGGGAACCUGAGCAGCAUACCUGCCAGCGCACACAAAGGCAUUCUGAACGACUUUGGGAACAUGGAGAAAGAUGUUGCAUCAGCUCGGAAGCCAUUCCAGUGCAGGUACUGCCCCUACAGCGCCUCCCAGAAGGGCAACCUGAAGACCCACGUCCUCUGUGUCCACCGCAAGCCCUUUGACAACAGCCUCUACCCCGACCGCCGCCUCCGGCGCUCGCACACGCCCCAGAGGCCCUCCAGAUUGCCUCAGAGCAUCCUGGGAGAUAAUCUUUAG